AUGAUGUUUUCUAAGCCGAUGUUUUUAUACCUUGCUCAUCAAGCGGUGCAUUCAGCCAAUAAGAACGAUCCUCUUCAGGCUCCAGAAGAUCUUGUUCAGGUAACCAAAAAUACUAUGUGGUGAUGAGUGAACAAAGUGUGUAUAAAUUGUGUUUGACUCGUGUAAAAUGAAAUAAAUUUGAGUUGUGUUUUGGUCGCAUCGUGAGUCAUGGUAACUCUUCGUUGACUUCCAUCUAGUCCUAGAAAAAAGAGUAAGAAUGCCAGGAGUCAAAGAAACUAAUUUGAUACCAGCGAAGUAUACAAACUCACUUCCCUCUGAAUUAGAUCAUCUCACGACAUCAUCUCUAUUGACUUUGGAGGCUCCAGUGGGGAAAAGGACGUGAAAAACAAAGUUACCAAUACAUUUCGCAUCAUUAGAGCAACAUGUGAAAUGAAAAAAUUCAUCACUUUUAAGGAAAAAGUAAGCAAGAUAGUCGGCAAGAUAUCAUAACCUGAACAAGGCAAAGACAUCCCCCGGCUUAUAUGACUGUAACUUUCAGCUCUGUCCACUGCUGUACAACGACAACUGUACUAUGGUUGUACCUAUGCCGAGGAAAUGAAUUCCAUACCUAUAAAAGCUCUUGUACGAUACACGAUAGUGAGCUCUACCAUAAUAAAACAUCGAAUUUUUGAAGGGUGUAGAUAACUAGCUCGGACGCCCUACCCACUGGGCUACCGGGACCUCCGUGUUAAAGUCGUAGGGUCACAUCCUGUUAACUGCGCGCAUUCCGGCAGUCAACAUCAACGUUGUAAAAUUGAACUUCACGUCCUCUUCUGUUUGUUUUCGUCAUUCUCUUCAGAAAUUUAGCUUUAUCAAAAGUCCACAAAGACAGAAGUACGCAGCCAUGGUAACAGCCCUGGAUAACUCUGUCGGAGAAAUAAGGGCGGCUCUUGCCAGUCGCGGAAUGAUGCAGGAUUCUGUUAUAAUCUUUACCACAGAUAAUGGAGGAGCACCCUAUGGACUUAACUGGUAAAAAACAAUUAUUGGGUGAGGUUUUAGAGAUAUCCGGAAUAAUCAAGGUCGAGGUAAGAGUUAUCAGCCGAGCCGAAGGUCAAGGCUGAUAACACUUACAUUGUUUUCAAGAAAAUAAGGAAAAUAUGGAAAUAAAGCAUUGCGUGCACAACCUAUAGAUAAGUCACUAAUCUGGUAGCAGAUAACGAACUAAUCUCUUGGUUGUGCUGAUUUCCAAAAUUAGCUGUAGGCUUUUAGCCAAUGAAAAGACAGAUAGGGAGUACAAUGUAUAAUAAUAUAAAUAUAAAAUAUGUCUUUGUGUUUGUUGCUUCAAAAGAAAGCUGAUGCGUGUCGUGUUUCUCAGUUGAUAUGAAGCCAAAAAAUUAAUUCCCCACACGUAAUUAGGGAAUCCGGGAAAUUUUUGCUGGAGGAAUCAGGAAUCAUGGGUUUUGGAAUCCCUAAUACUUUUCAAGGAAUCCGGAAUCCCACUAACAAUUAGAAUCCGGAAUCCAAACUUCACUAAAAAACAAUCCGGACGCCAUUUCCUGGAAUCCAGAAUCCAUAGCUUGGAAUCCAGAAUCUAAGACUGUCUAAGAUUACUUUACUUGCAGGGAGCGAAAUGAUCAUGAUCGUUUUUUCAAUCCUGUUUCUCUUUCAGGAACGCGGGUUCAAAUUAUCCUUUCCGAGCAGGCAAAGCAACCGUUUGGGAGGGUGGAGUAAAAGGAGUCGGAUUCGUCUAUACUGCUAGUGAUCUCAUUAAACAGAAGAAACGUGUGUGUACAGAACUUAUCGAUGCCACAGACUGGCUACCAACCCUUUAUCACUUAGCAGGAGGUGAUGCGGAGCUUGUAUCGACAGGAGCGGAUGGAAUGAAUGUCUGGGAAACCAUAGCAAAUGAUGCACCGUCACCUCGGGAAGAAAUACUACAUAAUAUAGACCCGAGGUUAGUUUCUCCCUACACACAGGGAAAUGAAUGCUUUUUACUACAGAUCACAUCUUGAUACUGUAGAAUUAGAUGUCUGAUCUUCUUGAAAGACCACGAUUUUAUCAUUUCAGAUUUUAAGUAAUAUAAGUUGGUUGGUUCAAGCAGACAAUGCAAAUGCUUCCGUGAUCUCUUUCCUACUCUAUAUACCGUGUUGAUUCCUAUCUAACUCGUUUCCAUUGUCACUCUUAACAAAAACAUUGGUCAAAUUGAAAAUGAAUUAUACUUAUAAGGCGUUUUUGCUAAAAUCGAAAGAUGGUAAAGUUUCACCCAGAAUUAAGCCAAAUUUUGAGGAAUGUUUUCUUGUCUAAGAACAACGUAACUCGUGCGUACAAAAUAUUGUUGAAACGUUACUCUGAGAUACGGUGAUGAUAACACAAAGUGUUAGUCUAAGCAAAACAUAGAAAGGUAAAAACGAAACUGGAACAAAAUAUUAAUCUUCCAUUAGUGCUAAUCAGCCUUUCAGAAACCGGGACCCCAGGUUGUUCGAAGCUGGAUUAAGAUAACCCAAGGUUAAUCUGAAAUUUGAAUUUAGAUAUUAAAGCUUUUAUAGCAAACUCAGUUUAAUUCUACAAUUGUCUACAAUUUGUUGAGAGGAUGCUCUAAAUAGAAUGGAGAAAAUUAUCGAAGAAAAUGCUGCAAACAAAAAAGAUAUCUGGAUUAAAAUUUAACCCGGGUUAGCGCUAAUCAGCCUUCGGGUAACUAUGAGCCAUUCCUUCAUUUGAUGUUUUUGUUGUUUUCUUUUCUAUAUUUAUUACAAGGUUAAAGUUUGAAGGCAUUCGGAAAGGAAACUUCAAACUUGUAGUGGGAAUGGAUGACUCCUUUGAGUUAGGCUGGCAUGCGCCAUAUCCAACCCUCAGACCACCCCCCUGGCAAGGAAACCCGCCAACUCUUCCGGGAGCGGUAAUCCAUUGUGGCCCUUGGACAAAUGGGAGGAACAUGUGCAAUUCCAAGAAUCACCAGGCUUGUCUGUUUAAGCUCGAUGACGGUGAGAAUAAUCAAUAACUUUUAAAGUCACCGCUUUGAGGCAAAUCUAUUAUCAAUGGCCAUGAAGGUUUUUUAAGGCUUACCCCUCCUCCUUCCACCAAAAAAUAUAAACAACUCUGUCAUUAGUUAGCAUUACAAUAAAAUUUAAGCUCACGGGCAGGCCAGAGCCCAUAAUAGAUUAUGGGCUCCUGAUCAUGGAAAAGGGUGGAACCUAAGUCUUCAUAAAAAAACAAAAAAACAUAAAGGCAUAUCGAAGUACAAAAAAGGACUAGUACCAUGGGCGGAACCCAAUUUCUCCAAUCAGAAUCGGCUCCUGGUCGAUCCUAUGACCCGGUACUAGUCCAGAUUCUCUGCCACCGAGCUACAGGACACUCGUGGGAGCAUAAGGCUAUUAAACUAUAUACAGUUGAACCUCUCUACAACGGUCACCUUGGGUACUGAAAAAAGAGGCCAUUGUAGGGAGGUGGCUGUUGUAGAGAGGUUGAAACAAGCGUGUAUGGACUGUCCGCCAAAAACAUGGCCGUUGUAGAGAGGUGGCCGUUUUGGAGAGGUGUCUGUUAGUUGUGGUGCGACUGUGACCGUAGAUUCAUAAGCAAACUGCAUACUGCUUGGACUGGGAUGUCGAUAGGUUCGGCUUAUUCGUAAUAAUAUCAAUUUGUAUAGGUAAUAGCAUGAUUUGUAGUGAUAUUUGGCAAAACUACCACGAGUGAUAUUUCAAAAUUGUUUUACGUAAUUUCACGAGCCACUAGGCGAGUAAAAUUUGAGACAAUUUUGAAAUGUCACAAGUCGUAUUUAUGCCAAAAAUCACGUACAAAUCAUGCUAUUAUUUGUUGAUACUACUGCCCGCAAAGGUUUUGUAAUUUUCCAUGUAGGUAUUUCAAAUUAAGCUAAAAUACCACGCUCUAAGCCAAUCAAAUUGCAGAAAUUUCUCAUAUCGUAGUAUAAGAUGAUGAAUUUAAGUCUGGUGCAUAUCGAUAAUAUCAAGUCUUCUUGUUUUAGAUCCUUGUGAAUACAAAGAUGUUUCCCACGCUUAUCCUGGGAAAGUAAGGGAGCUGAAGGAAAGAUUGGAUUAUUACCGCACUUCAGCUUUGCCAGUAGUUUAUCCAAUGAUCAGCCCCGAGGCUGAUCCCAAAAAUUUUAACGAGUUUUGGGGUCCAUGGGAAAAGCUUACGGAUAGAUCUGAAUAUUAUGCUUCAAAAAAGAUUUGCAAACGGGUACUGUUAAAGCAGGUCAAGAAUGGAUUGCAUCCUUCGCACUAUGAUAGAACUGGGUGA